AGCGAGAAAUGGCGAGAGCUUAGUCUUCUGAAAUAAAAAUGGUAGAACAAGCGGAAAGUUAUACUGAAGUUCCUGAACCGGCUUCUAUUAUUAGCCAGGUUAUAAAUGAAAUUUUUCUUAACCCUCUCAAUCUAAUUCUUUUAACAAUAUGCGGUUUUCUGAUAUACAAGAUAUUUUUUGCUAAAGAACGAACUCCGUCACCAACACCAAAAUCCAAAGAAGUAGAACUCCCACCAUUGAAAAAAAGAGACAUGACACUCGAAGAGCUGAAAAAUUACAAUGGAAUGGACUCUGAUGGCAGAAUAUGUGUUGCUGUAAAUGGGAAAAUAUUUGACGUAACCAAAGGGAAACGAUUUUAUGGACCAGGUGGUCCAUAUUAUGCUUUUGCUGGUCGAGAUGCUUCCAGAGGAUUAGCCACUUUCUCGGUAGAAGCAGCUAAUGACGAAUAUGAUGAUCUUUCAGACUUGAAUACCAUGCAGAUGGAAAGUGUAAGGGAAUGGGAGAUGCAAUUUAAAGAAAAAUACCACUAUGUUGGAAGAUUAUUAAGGUCUGGUGAAGAACCAACUGACUAUUCAGAUGAUGAGGAAACUAGUCAAGACCAAAGUCUAAAAGAUGGAGAAAAGUCAGACAAAGAACACCCUGAAGAAAAAAACAAAGAGGAAUAAAUAUAUAAAUGAAAUAAAAAUAUUUGAGCAGUACACUUUUUAAAACAGCUGUCUGUGUGGUGCAAACUUUAGCAGGAUGUAAUUCAUUUUUUUAAGAGUCCUUGCUCAAAACAGUUGUGAUUGUGAGGAUUUUGUAGUGUAAUUGGGUAAAAUAAAAAUGAUCCAAAACAUGAUUUUCUGUUUGUUUUCCAAAUGAAACAAAAACAAUUGAAGUUGGAGGUUGUCUUGCAGGUCAUAAAAUGUGGCUAGCUUUGUUUCUACUGUAUCUUUUGUCAUUGUACUUGUUCCCAGUGUUUGUGUUUCUAUUAGGGUCAUAUAUUGUAAAUGAAAGUGUUUCUAAAAGUGAAUUUUUUUACUGGUACUUAUUGAAAUGAGCAUUACUACUACUACUCUUAUCUGUAAACACUGUGUGUGUCUAAUCACAAUAUAUGAAACCAUGUCACAGAUUAUUGUAAAAGUAUCGUUUUCUGUCCGGUCUUUACUAAAGUCCAGUGAAUGUAGAAUAUGUUACCCGAAAUGUAGAAGCAAAAGAAUGGUGUUUACAUGAAGUACAUUAAUGUAAUUAAUUAUAUCAACCUGUAGCUAAGGAAGGCAACAUUUUGUUGUAUGAAAGAGAUUACUGUUAGGAGUAAUGUUUUUUUUUAGUGUUUGAUAGAUUUCCAUUUAUAUUUGUUAAGAAAAUGUUUUGACAAUGUUAUAAAUCAGGAAUUGAUGUAAAAAUGUUUCAUACAUGGAAUUGUGGGUUCUUAAAUAAACAGAUGUUGAAUAA